AGCUCACAAGUCAUUGACGUCUCUUAUCAUAUUGUCAGACUCAAAUUGUCCAUUUGUUUGAUUCUUGCUGUUGGAGCUGGCAGGGCUCAUUGCUAAAUUUUCUAACUUUCAUCAUCUUCUUUGGUAACUCAACAUGGGUUCUGAUCCUAAAGGGAGAGCAUUUGUUAUAAUGGGCGUCAGUGGCGCUGGGAAAUCCACUAUAGGCGCCAUGCUAGCCAAAGCUUUGAAGUGUGAUUUUCUUGAUGCUGAUGAUUACCACUCACAAGCAAACAAGGAAAAAAUGCGACAAGGGAUUCCUCUUUCAGAUGAAGACCGGAUUCCCUGGCUGGAGACCCUGCAGGACACUCUAAGAGAGAAUAUAAUCAAUGGAAAAACAGUGAUACUGGGAUGUUCUGCUCUGCAGAAGCAAUACAGAGAAAUUCUCCGAGCAGCUGACUCUAACUAUGAGCCCGGAAGCUAUUGUAGUCUAGUAAAGUUCAUCUUGUUGAAUGUUCAAGUGGAGGUGCUUGUUGCCCGGCUAGAGAAACGUGCUGCGGAGGGGAAACAUUUCAUGCCAGCCACACUUUUGCAGUCACAGUUAGAUAUGCUUCAGAUAGAUAACUCUGAAGGGAUUCUUAAGAUUGAUGCAACUCAAAGUCCUGAAGCCAUUUUAAACCAUAUACAGAAUGCACUGAUUUGAUCAUACUUUUGAUGAGAAAUGAGAAUUCAUUGUCAAAACUUGGGAUACCUUUGAUAUCAAACUAAAUAUAUGUGCCUUUUUUCA